GUAAAAAUCAGUAGAAAGGUAAGACAGAUCCAUAGAGUAAUAACUGUUCUCAAUUACAACUAUGCGAACCUAUUACUUGCUACUAUUAACCCUUUUAUUGGGACCUCAAUUAAUAGAUGCCUAUCGUAAUAAAAAUUUUUACCAAAAAUUUCGUCAUAUAACUCGUCGACGCUUUAGCAAGCAGCCAAUAUUUUACAGAGAAAUACCAGACUGCUCUAGAUUCGCAAAUGGAGCAUUUAUACCAGAUCCUACAAGCUGCUCAAGUUUUUAUAUGUGCAUUGAUGGAGAACCAAUUCCUCAAGAAUGCGCCACUGGGCUUUUGUUUGACAGCACAAAGUUCCAUUGUAAUGUGGCAUCAGAAGUUAGUUGUGAUUUAAAUCAAGUUGAUGCAGUUGAAGAAACUACAACAGUUACAACUACAACAGUUACAACUACAACAGUUACAACUACAACAGUUACAACUACAAUGCAAUCAAGAAAGGUAGUUCAGCGUGAAACAACCCAAUCACCUUUACUACAUAUACCAUAUUGGCGACAUUAUUUACCGAAACCAUGUCCACAAUUACCGAUACAACGGCCUUGCACACCAACACCUUGUCCUUCAGUUCCACAGCCGCCAUACCAAUAUCAUCCUCAACCAUUGAUCCAAUGGGCAUCCCAUCAUCAUCCACUGUCUCCUCAUAGGCCAAUGACUCCCUGCAUCACUAUGGUUCCACCAACUCCAUGUUACACAACACAGCAGCCUUGUACGCCAACACCCUGUAUACUAACCCAACAACCUUGCACACCAACUCCAUGUUAUACAACACAACAAUCCUGUACGUCAACACCAUGUAUACUAACUGAACAGCCUUGCACACCAACACCAUGUAUACUGACCCAACAGCCUUGCACACCAACACCGUGUAUAUUAACUGUACAGCCUUGCACACCAACACCGUGUAUAUUAACUGUACAGCCUUGCACACCAACACCUUGUAUACCGACUGAACAGCCUUGUACACCAACACCAUGCAUUCCAACUGAGCAGCCUUGUACACCAACACCAUGUACACCGACCCAACAACCUUGUACGCCAACACCAUGUAUAUCAACUCAACAACCUUGCACACCAACACCGUGUAUAUUAACUGUACAGCCUUGCACACCAACACCAUGUAUACCGACACAACAGCCGUCUACUCAAACUUCCUGUCCUCCAGCCCCGCAACCGCAAUACCAUCAUCAACCACAAUAUCACGCUCAACUAUCGUACCAACAACCACUAUCUAAUUAUCAGCCUCCACAACAACAUCAAUGGGCAUCCCAUCGUCAUCCACAAUCUUCGCACAGACCAAUAACAUGUAUACCGACCCAACAACCUUGUACGCCAACACCAUGUACAACACAGCAGCCUUGUACACCAACACCAUGCAUUCCAACUGAGCAGCCUUGUACACCAACACCAUGUACACCGACCCAACAACCUUGUACGCCAACACCAUGUAUAUCAACUCAAAAGCCGUGUACACCAACACCAUGUAUACCGACACAACAGCCGUCUACUCAAACUCCCUGUCCUCCAGCCCCGCAACCGCAAUACCAUUAUCAACCACAAUAUCACGCCCAACUAUCAUACCAACAACCACCUCCUCAAUAUCAACCUCUACAACAACAUCAUCGUCAUCCACAAUCUUCGCAUAGACCAGUGACUUCCUGCAUUACCACGGAUCAACCAAUGCCAUGUUAUACAACACAACAACCUUGUACACCAACACCAUGUAUACCUACACAACAGCCGUCUACUCAAACUCCCUGUGCUCCAGCUCCGCAACCGCAAUACCAUCAUCAACCACAAUAUCACGCUCAACUAUCGUACCAACAACCACCUCCUAAAUAUCAAACUCCACAACAACAUCAAUGGGCAUCCCAUCGCCAUCCACAAUCUUCGCACAGACUAGUGACUCCUUGCAUUACCACGGUUCAACCAACUCCAUGUUAUACAACACAACAGCCAUGUACUCCUACUCCCUGUCCUCCAGCUCCACAACCACAACAGCAUCAUUUACCACAAUCUCACCAAUAUAUGUCGCAUGGCGAUCUUCCAUUACGAGUAUCAGUUUUUGCACAGCAUCAAUGUUUUCUGGCACAACAACUGAUUUUGGACGACUUUCACGAAUUACGGUCACCGUUAGUGUGCAAAUCGUUUAAUUUUGUGGUACAAAUCAGUAGAAAGGUAAAAGAGUUCCAUAGAGUAACCAUAUUUGUAUACUUUAUAACUAUGCAAUCCUAUUACUUGCUACUUUUUUCAAUAUUAUUGGGACCUCAAUUAUUAAACGCCCAUAUUAUUUGGCAACCUACACCAUGUCCACCAACUCCACCACCAUGCGAAAUAAUUGAGUGGCCAUCAUCACCUCAACCUUGCGCACCAACUCCGUGUCCACAAACACCACCACCAUGCCAAACAACACCGUGUCCUCCACCACCUCGGCCUUGUGAAACAACAGCUUGUGUACAAACACCAGCUCCAUGUUCAAUAAUAGUUUGGCCAACUCCAUGCCCGCAAACGCAACAGCCUUGCACACCAACACCAUGUAUAACGACAGAACAGCCGUGCACUCCAACUCCCUGUCCUCCAGCUCCAGCUCCGCAACCACAAUACCAUUAUCAACCACAAUAUCACGCCCAACUAUCGUACCAACAACCACCAUCUCAUUAUCAGCCUCCACAACAAAAUCAAUGGGCAUCCUAUCGUCAUCCACCAUCUCCUCACAGACUAGUGACUCCAUGUAUUACCACGGUUCAACCAACACCAUGUUAUACAACACAACAGCCUUGUACUCCAACACCAUGUAUACCGACUGAACAGCCUUGUACGCCAACACCAUGCAUACCAACUGAGCAGCCUUGUACGCCAACACCAUGCAUACCAACUGAGCAGCCUUGUACCCCAACACCAUGUAUACCAACUGAACAACCUUGUACCCCAACACCAUGCAUACCAACUGAGCAGCCUUGUACACCAACACCAUGUAUACCGACCCAACAACCCUGUUCACCAACACCUUGCCCUCAAACUACACAACCGCCUCCAGUCUGGCAACAUCCUCCAAUCUGGCAACAUGCUCCAGUUUGGCAACAUCCUCCAAUCUAUCAACAGCCUUCAAUCUGGCAUCAGCCUCCUACUCCUUGCACAACUCCAUGUACAACAACUUCCACAGCUCCGUGCACUCCACCUUGCACAACUCCGUGCACUCCACCUUGCACAACUCCGUGCACUCCACCUUGCACAACUCCGUGCACUCCACCUUGCACAACUCCGUGCACUCCACCUUGCACAACUCCCUGUGCUCCACCAACCAUUCACUAUCAUCAGCAAAAACCAAUUGGACCACAUCACCAACUGCCUCCAAUUUGGCAACAUCCACCGAUCUGGCAGCAUCCUCCAACACCCCGUACAACUACAUGCACUCCACCUUGCACCACACCAUGUACUCCACCGUGUUACACAACACCCUGUACAACUCCAUGCACUCCACCUUGCACCACACCAUGUACUCCACCGUGUUACACAACAACAUGUACUACAACUUCUACUACUGCUAAUCCCACUAUAAACCCACGUAUCUUACGAAGUCCCAAUGACUGUGCAACAUUAAGCGAUGGUACAUUCUUACUCCAUCCAAGACAUUGUCGCCGUUAUUUUGUAUGCCAAAACCGUAGAGUGCAACAUCUUCGUUGUCAAGCAGGACAAUGGUUUGAUUACGAGUUGCGCGAAUGUCGUCGUAAGCGUGAUGUCUAUAAUUGUCCUGCUCGAAGAAAUUAAAUUGAUUCUCAUAAGUAGAAAAAAUUUAUUUAAUCAUUUCUUUCGAUAAACGAUAUACGCAUAUCUACAAUAUUUAAAAUUAGCAGCAAAAGCAAGUCAAAAAGAUUUCAAUUAUGUUUCACAAAAUUUAAUAAAUUAAGUAGCAUUCAAAAACAGA